AUGGCAGCUAAACUCAUUCUCUUCGUCUGCGCCACCGCCCUCGUGGCACAGUCCGCUUUGGGCAUCCGUUGUGGUUGCGGUUGUGGAGGUCGUGGCUACGGCGGUCUGGGCUAUGGUGGUCUGGGCUAUGGUGGUCUGGGCUAUGGUGGUCUGGGCUACGGGGGCUAUGGAGGUGGAUGCGGUCGUGGUUUCAGCGGUGGUGGUCUCCCUGUAGCUACUGCCUCUGCUGCUCCCACUGGGCUUGGGAUAGCUUCCGAGAACAGGUACGAGGGUACCGUCGGUGUCUGCGGCAACCUGCCGUUCCUUGGUACUGCUGCUGUCGCUGGCGAGUUACCCACCGCCGGUAUUGGCGAAAUCCUCUAUGGCUGCGGAAACGGUGCCGUUGGUAUUACCCGCGAGAGUGGACUCGGCUAUGGAGCUGGUUACGGAGGCGGCUACGGUCUCGGCUAUGGAGGCUACGGAGGUGGCUACGGUCUCGGCUAUGGAGGCUACGGCGGAUGCGGAUGUGGCUGCGGCUACUGA